AUGGAAAACGAACUCGAGCAUUUGAACUGGAAUAUCCAGCAUGCUCUAAAGCAACUGGAAGGCCCUUUGGCAGAGGAACUCAAGCUGUUCCAUGAUGUGUCGCCCGCCUCGCCCCAGUCUUCCGUUGUGGUAUAUCAGAAACUGCUGGACACGGUACAAGCGCUAGACAAACUCCUUGUAACUCUGACUCCGCCCCAUAUGCUUUUGGUAGAUGGCAUAUUUGCUGCAGCUUUUACCAACAGCAAAGUGCUACUAUGUGCCUCCGAACAUAGAUUAGCAGACCAUGUCCAAAACCUCCAGCCAUGCAGCAUUUCUGAGCUAGCUAAUGCUGCCGGGCUAUACGAGCAAGGUCUAUCUCAGAUCAUUCGCUAUCUCCGCGAGAUGGGCUACUUCUACCAGGAUCCCGUCACCAGAAAACUCUCGAACAACCGACUGUCCAAUCUCCUUCGCAAGGAUCACUGGGGGACCUGGAUCAACUGGGUUGACUUCUUCCCUCGGGAGUAUUAUGAUUUGCUGUCCCAUCUACCAACCCAGUUGAAAAGUGAUCAACCGAAAACGGCGACAGAGCUCUUCUACAACACUGACAAGCCAAUCUAUCAGUUCCUUGCCGAAACUGGCAGGGCUGAGGGCUUCCACAGAGUUACCGGGACCGGAAGCGUGGUUGAAGCCCCUGGGCUCCUGGCAGAUUACCCUUGGGAUGAUGUGAAGGGCGAAACCGUCGUGGAUAUCGGAGCUGGCGUAGGGGAUUUCAUCCGCACUUAUCUAGAAAAGUUUCCGGAUGCAACAGCAGCCGCAUUCGAGCUUCCAUCAACCGCAGAAAUCCUUCAGCAACGGUUCCCUCCUAAUGAUACCUUAGCAAAGAGAGUUGUAUCUAUUACUGGGGGGGAUUUCUUCAAGGACCCACUACCUCAGUCCUCUGUGUAUCUCCUACGGUGGAUCCUACACAACUGGGGUGACGAAGAUUGUGUCAAGCUCUUACGACGAAUUCGAGAUACAAUAACUAUCAAGCCGGGUGUGAGUCGGGUGUUGAUAGUCGAGUCAGUCGUUUUUGACGGCCGUCUAGGUCGUGGGGCUCGGUAUGCAGACAUUCGCAUGCUCGCUCGUUGCAGAAAUAAGGAGAGAACGCUGGAUGAAUACCGCACUCUUGCAGAGGAUGCUGGCUGGCGCUUGAACAAGAUAGUUUCCCCCAGGGGUUGUUUAACGCAGAUUCUGGAGCUGCGGCCAGUAGGCGCGUGUGCAGUCUUCCGAAACGGAAAUGGUAGUAGCAACGGCAACAAUGUGGGCCCUGAAUGGGAGUCAGAGCUAAUGUAA